AUGAUUCGACCAGUUGUUUACAGCAAUUGCAUCCAUUCAAUGUUGAGCAUUUUGAGAGCGAUGUUUCAUCUGCAAAUUGAAUAUGGAGAACCGGAAAGAGUGAGAGACAGUCAACUCGUCUUUGCCACCGUUCACGCGAAUAAAGAAGAAUUGACGGAGGAAUUGGCAUCGGCAAUGCAACGAUUGUGGGCCGAUUCGGGUGUUCGUGAGUGUUAUCGACGAAGCAAUGAAUAUCAGAUCGAUGACUCAGCGAAAUACUUUUUGGAUAAUCUUCCCCGAUUAUCGGCUCCGAAUUAUGUGCCCACCGAGCAAGAUUUGUUGAGAACGAGGAUAAAAACAACUGGCAUUACUGAAGUGCUUUUCGAAUUGAAAGGAUUGACGUUCAGGGUGAUCGACGUUGGCGGACAAAGAUCGGAGAGGAAAAAAUGGAUACACUGCUUCGAUAAUGUUAAUGCAAUCAUUUUCAUCUCAUCGCUUUCAGAAUAUGAUCAGACAUUGAGAGAAGACAAUUGUACGAAUCGAAUGCAAGAAUCGUUGAAAUUGUUCGAUUCAAUCUGUAACAGUCCAUGGUUUGCCGAUAUUCAUUUCAUUCUUUUCCUCAACAAAAAGGAUCUUUUCGCUGAGAAAAUUCAGCGAUCACCUCUAACGAUUUGUUUCCCGGAAUAUAAAGGGCAACAAAAUCAGACAGAAUGUAUCAACUAUAUUCAAUGGAAAUUCGAACAGCUAAAUCGAUCAUCUCAACGAGAGAUUUAUUGUCAUCAUACGUGUGCAACAGAUACAAAUAAUGUGCAAUUUGUAUUGGAUGCGUGUUUGGAUAUGAUUAUUGCAAAGAAUUUGAAGAGUAUGGGAUUGUGU